GACUUUUACGCGCACUUCUCAAAACCUUCGCUUGUAGUAGGUAGCUUAUCAAAAUUCUAACUAACGUGGUAUGAAACAGUCAGAAAGUGAGGAGCACAAUAUUUACCUAGUUGAGAGCAUUAUAGACAGACGAGUUCGCCGUGGUCGCGUGGAGUACCGGGUUAGAUGGAAGGGGUUUCCUCCGGAGCAAGAUUCUUGGGAACCCUUCACCAGUCUUCGCGAACCAUGCCUUUCAUUAAUUCAAGACUUUCACAUCCGUUACCGCAAACUUCAUCAUGGAAAAAGGCGUUACUCUCUACCCUUGGUUUCUCGUAGUAAGCUUUUGAAGUGUCAAACAGAUGAAUUUCAUGACAUGUCUGUAAAAUUAGAAAAAGAUAGCGAUGACGACUUAGCUGCAGACAAGAGCAGUAUUUCGUCUACCAAAAGCCAACCACCUCCACUUCCUUUUAAGUUAGGUAAGAGAAAUACUGUACGGCCAACGUCGCGUCGUUCUGCUCCAAGUUCAGUAGCCUUAAGUUCGACUAGUUUCUUUUCGUUACAACCGGGAACUUAUUCUGGCCACUCGUCAUCCCUUCCGAGUUCUGAGUCCAGUGUUUCUCAAACACCAUUAGUCUGCGAUCCAGGUGCGUUGUUGAACAUCCAAACACUUGACCGUUCAGAUCAUACGGUACACCCAGAUAAUGGUUGGGUUCCCUGUGAAGUUUCUGGUGCUUCAACUGGUUCACUAUCUAGUCCUAAUACAAUUCAGGCUGAAGAUGACUGUAAAGUUCACAUGGAUAAAGUUCCUGUUGCCGGACUUUCUAAAAAUAACUGCGGAGAUACUUCACAACGAUUACAAAAAACAUCAAGAUCACUUCCUGACCAAUCAAACCGUAAUACUUCCAAGUCGAGCAAACGCAAAUUGCAGCCCAAUGAUGGUGCUGGUAAACAAAAUGAUUCAGCAUCUGCAAAUCAGCAAGUCUCUCAAAACUUCCUGAAGGGAGAUAAGAAUGUAGGUAAUUUCACUACCUCUGAUACCCAAGAAAAUUCUAUCCUCGGGCAAACACGUAAAUCUGUUACGAUUAUGCUAAAGGCUUCUCCCACACAUGAGUUUCAGAGCACUAGAUCUCUCCACCGCAGUAAUUCACCAAACUCUAAAUCUCUUCCUACUACUGCCUCUAAACCGGUUUCCAAAAAGCGUGUUCAGCCUACUAGUGCAACUUCAAAGCCGGAACUAGAUGUUGAUGCUUCCGAAUCCCUACCAUCACGUGAAGAUCAAUCUCUCAUAUCUGAUUCUAUCAUAUCAAAAGUCAUGAAUAUCGUUGUUCAUCUGAAAAACUUAAGAAGACGCCCUGUACAAGAGAUUGUCCUGGCACUUUGCCAAAAGCACCAUAGUAUUCCUGAAAGCCUCGUUUUAUCUUCUCUAGACAUCUUAGUUACACGAGGUCACUUACACCGUGUUGAGUCAGCCAAGGGUAUAUCUUAUCGUUCCAACCCUUUUGUUGUGGCUCGGGGGGACCUAAAGAAACCUGCAUCUCUGUCAGCCAAAAUUAAAGCCAAAUAUAAUGGUGGAGUGAAUGGAAAACGACCCAAGUGCACGACGUCUGCUGUACCUGAGCCUAAACGACCGGAUUCAGUGGAGUCACCAAGCCAUUCUUUAUCUAAAAUUGCACGAACUGAUCCAUCAACCAAUGUUCACCAGCGCUCUAGUCGGAGAUCUGUAACAUAUGGAUCAGUGGCUUCUGAAAAAUCCAAUACGCACUGUUCUUGUUAUUCAGAUAUCAAUGGAAAAAUCUAUUUCAAUCAGUCUUCUGUUAUUGUGGAUGAUGUACAAGUAAAUCAGGAUCAUACCAUACAUCUUAACGGAGGAGAUUAUUCAAUGAGUGUUAAAUCACCACCAAAUAUUCUUCAACAAGGCACCAAGAUAUUUAUUGUACCUCCGGCUAGUCCAUUAAAUGAAACAACUUUUGAAAGUCGAAUGAAUAACUUACCAUUUCAUCGAUCUGAGCAACCUAAUCAAAGUUCAUGUAAUAAUUUGAGUUCUACAUCUGGGUCCAAUCUCGAUAGUUCAAGCAUUCCACAAACAAAUUCAAGACGUAGUAAUCGACAAGUAGAUGGUUAUAAAUUCAAAUCGAUUUGGGUAAAGAAAAAUGUACAAGGUGGAUUUACAGAAGUUUGGUUACAAUCACCUGGUUCUUUUCUAAAAAAUGGAUUCACAAUUCAGGUCCUUGAAGAAUUAACCAUUGUUUUGAACCGAGCAACACAUGAUACAAGUCGUUUAAUCAUGAUUUCUGGGACAGGAACUGUGUUUAGCUCCGGAAUAGACUUGACAACAAUUACGGGCGAUCUUUUAAGAAGUGCAUUUAUUGGUCCAUCUUCAUGUGAUUCAUCUCGCAGUUCAUCCUCAAGUUCAGCCAAUGUAUUCGCUUCACGUAAUUCAAAUCAUCAUAAAAUUGGAGCUGAUAAUUCAAAAUCACAUCAUUCUGAUAAUACAAAUUGUUCAUUUUCUCAAACUAACUAUGACUCAAAUUUAAAUUCAUCAUCUCACAGAAAUGCAAAUAGAGUUCAUUCAUUUUUCUGCUCACCAAAUGCUUCAAAUGUCGGACGUCUAGCGGCAGCUUUAAGGUCAUUUUUAUUGGCAUUAGUUUCAUUUCCUAAACCUGUUGUAGUUGGUGUAAAUGGUCCAGCAUUAGGACUGGCUGUUGCUAUAUUACCUUUGUGUGACAUUGUUUACAUAAGUGACUCAGCUACAUUUUAUAUGCCAUACACUCGACUUGGUCAAAUCCCUGAAGGAGCAUCAACUUACACUUUAAACAGUCUUGUUGGUAUGCCUUUGGCAAACGAACUAUUAUUAGCAGGUCGUAAAUUGUCCGCACGUGAAGCUUUACAACGAGGUUUAGCUUCUGAUCUUUUGUUCCCCAAAAGUUUUAAACAAGAACUACUUCUCCGUUGUCGAAAAUUAGCAGAAAAUUCGUGUAUGUCAUUGGAAAUCACUAAAUGUAUGAUGAAAAUGCAACAUCGUGAACGUAUUGAAUAUGUGAUUAAUGCCGAAUGUAAAAAACUAUUAGAAUGUUGGCAAACUGCAGAAUUUCGUUGUACAGCUAUGGAGUUCAUUUUAAAUGAAAUGGAUGAUUUUGUGUAAAUAUACUGUCUUGUUCUACUUUUCCGUAUUCAAUUAUCUCAUAUAUAACACGAUAAAUUGUUCUUGUUACUAAAACAAUUAUUGUCAUCGUCAUAACUUAUUAUUCUAUGUUAAUAUAACGUUCUAUACAAUAAAGUUUAUGCAAUCAUACACACUAGUGUUAUUCCCGUGUAUGACAUUCCAUAUUCUUUCUUUUAUAUAUAAUCAUACAUAACAUGUAUCAGUUUUAUAUAAUCAUUAUUAUAAUAGAACCAUAUCUGUAUAUUUUUGUUUGGUCUUUCACAUUUUCUGCUUUUACGUUCUACUUCGUUUUCGAAACAGUAGUUCGCUUUUAAAACUAUCAUCCUGUUCACCCAUACUUCCUGUUUAUCUUGCCAUUCUAUCCCUUUUAAAUCAUUGAUGAUUUUAAUGAUUGUAAAAUUUACAUUUCUCUUCGUGUAUGUGUCUGGACGUGUACAUAUUUGUGUACUUUAUCUUCCACUAAUGUCGUUGAAAUGCAUGUUCAUAUAUAUAUAGUGCCUAGUCUAUUACUAAUAAUUUUUAUCUUCUCUCCGGUAGCUACUGUCAUAGAUGACAGUUGUAUCAUUUCCGUCUGGCUAUUUUUCUUCACCAGUCUAUCUUAUUUCAUUUCUGAAUGUCAACCUGUACUCAUUAUUACUAUUAUUAAAAUUGUUGUUACUCUUUUAAUCAAUCAACGUUCUACAAUCUCUACACCUUUUUGACAAUCCAUUCAUUAUUUAAUGUUAAACACAAAGAAGCAGCUCAUGUUUUUUUUCGUAUCUGUGUAUAUUUUGUUUAUUUGCAUGUGAUACGAGAAAAAUAUACUGUAGUUUACUUCCUUCCAUUAUUCCUUUUUUUGUAAAAGAAAACUGUAUUUUUUAAAAGAGAAGUGUUCAUCCAGUUUGUCAUAACUUUCCGUUCCAAUUCUGAAUUUUCAGGAUUUCAGUGUUUUUUUUUACAUUGUAGAAUAAUAGGUUAGUUGGAUGGGUAAAAUCAAUUUUCUGGCAUUUUAUCGGUUAUCAUAGUUGUUACUGUUGGUCUUAACGAGGACUUUCCUGUAAAAAAAAAUAAAUUUCUACCGUACCUGUAAAGGGUUGUUUUUUAUCGUUGUUUCUCUUCAUUUAUCGUGAUUGAUUUAUUCAAACAAAUAAACUGCUAAUCGUCAUAGUGAUGUAGAUCAAUGAUUAAUAAUACCUUGGCAAUUAUAGGAAUACUUCUUUAAGAUUGUAUUUAAUGUAUGUUGAUUUCAAUGUGAAUGGAAUAAUUUUAUACUGAAGCUGCUGAUGGGAUUUUAAUGGGUAAACAAACCGAUGAUUACUAACUUAUGCCUUCUACCCCUCUUGGGACAUAAGUAACUAACCAGGAAUCUCCAAGCAACUCUAUUCUGGACUCUCCUCCCAUGUUGUUGUCGAGAGGUAUUUACGGUCUUUUUAUCUGCCUCCAAAUUCCACCUUCAUGUUUCCUUUGAUUUGCCUCUUUUCAACCUUAAGGACGACUACGUUAUCCAUAUCAUCCAGCAACACUUAAGGUGUCUACUGUAUUGCGUGCUUCUCUUAAGCUAUGGAAGUCUUCAUAAUCUAAUCAAAAACCUGAAGAAAGAGGAGAGGCGGAAGUGGGAAGUGUUGUCUGACAUCAGUCUUCACUUGGAAUUCAUCUGUGAGGUGCCUCCAUACAUGACUUUGUAAUAAAGUCCGUCAUAGGAGCUCCGUAUGAUGGUGAUGAUGUUCUCGGGCACUCUAUAGUUUCAAGUAAGAUUCCACAAGUCUUUCCAGUUUGAACUGUCGCAUGCUAUUUCACAAUUAUGGUAGUUGUUGUAUGGCGAUAAAUUUCAUUUGGCUGAUUGCUCAGCAACGAUGUCCUGUGCCGCAAUUUGGUCGGUGCAUGAUAUAUCCUCACGAAAUCCGAUUUGUUGAUUUGAGAGUAUGGUGUCUACUGAAACUUUCGUUUGGUCCAGUAACACUCUGUUGAUAACUUUGCCUGGAACUGACAGUAGUAUGAUGUCACUUACUAAGAUCUCCUUUUUUCAAUGUUUUGAUAGGGUAUCCCUCUUGAACUUGUCCUCCCGUUCAGAGCUUCCUGAAGAGAAUAUGUUGCAGUUGCCUCUAUACCUGACUUCAGUGCUUCCACCGCUAUGCUUUCUGGUCCCUCUACUUUGGCAUUCUUGAUUUGUCUGAUGGCAUUGAUGUUUUUUAUUUCUGGCACAGUAACAUUUGUAGGGAGGCCUUUGUGUUAUCGGUUGAACGGGACUGGUCUAUUCAGGAACUCUUCAAAGUGCUCUACUAGUCUGAUCUGCUUCUCUCUAACCUCAGUGACUGAUUUUUCUUGUUUUUUCCUGACUGGUUGCUCUGGUCUACUACAUUUCCUCACUAGCUUCUUGAUUGUAUCAUUUGGUUGCUUGACAUGUCCCUUCCUUCCAGUUUGUUUUAUUGUAGUCGCUAGGUCUUUUACAUAUUUCAACUUGGUGUUUUUCUUCACUCGCAUGUUCGCUUCUGUGCCUUGGCUUUCUCCAGUCAUGUUCGAUUGUUGCCUUCUUGACCUACAUUUCCUUAAUCUUCUCCAAAAUGUGUGCAGAGAUCCGUUGUUUAUCCUGGUGCUAAUUGAGAUCUGGGAUGUUGAAUCUACUGUUUCUAAUUUCUUUCUUGUUGUUCUCCAUAACGCUUUCCUCAAUGAAAAUAAUCUUGUAAGGUGUUACGAUGUUCAGAAAAAUAUACCAAUAAUUAUCAUGUUAAGUCUGAUGGUGGCCUUGGACUUUAAAUGUACACUCCCUGUUGGUCGAUAUUUAUUUCACUACUUAAAUAUUGUACAAAUGUUGUUUUCUAUUUUAUGGUACGAUGUGGUCUGGUUGAUUGGUUUAUAAAUAGAGUAUGUCUAAAAUAUAAUGAUUCAUAUCUC